AGUGAUAUUUACACCAGGUACUGAUAACCAGUCUUGAUAAUCAGCUUGUAGUGAAGUCCAUAUUUAUAAGCUGACUUCUUUUAUAGAUAAGCAUUUCGCCUACAGACAUUUCUCGAAGUUUCUGUAUCUAUACCGCUAAUAUUUUUUCCUCAUUUUGAUUUUUCUUACAAGUAAAGAGUAAAAUUAAAUGAGUCAUAUUUACUUCUUUCAUAGGUAUUGGCUUGUCUGCUGGCAGUUGCCGCUGACGCCGCCCCUCAGGGUUACAAUUUACCCGUACCCUCUGACACAGCAUUUUCUGAUGGCUCGGGUUCUAUGGGUGACUCUGGGUUCUCAGGUGGUGCGGGACUCUCCUCCUCUGGUGGCUCAGGAUAUGGCGGAGGUAGCUGUGGUUCCGGACAAAUUCGCAAUGUUGACGGAAGUUGUGUGACUCCCCAGGUCACCCGCAACUUGUACUUGUUCAACGCCCCUCCAGCGCCCCCGAUUGUUGGUCCUCCACCAUAUGUUCCCCCACCAAAAGUUGAACAUAACAUUUUGUUCAUUCGUACCCCAGAUGUCGGCCCAGGCCCGGAACCUAUUGUCGUGCCACCACCUCAACAGAAAAAUGUUUUAUACGUCCUCAGCAAGCGUCCUCAGUACGACCAGAAGGUCAUCCACGUACCAGCACCAGAGCAAGGAAGUCCCCAAGUGUACUAUGUCAACUAUUCUCCAGGUGACAACCCGACCCUGCCUACUGGUGGUGACCUUCAGUCUGCCCUGAGCUCCGCUGCCCCAGGUGGCGGUGAAGUGAUUAGUAACACAGGUGGCAGCUUUGUUGGCGGCGGAGGUGGCAGUUAUGGUAGCGGAGGUGGCUUUGCGAGCGGCAGCGGCAGCUUUGGUGGUGCUUCCUCCAUAUCCCAGCCAUCUUCAUUAUAUUCACUGCCAUAAUAUCACAGUCCUUUAUUAAAGACUAAAACAUCAUUUAGUGAAGUAGCAAUGUUAUUUUUAAGGUGUUACAUAUGUUGUAUCAUAUUCAUUUGUAAGACUUUGGCAA